AUGGGUGAAGAAGCAACCAAGGUAGUGGUUCCAGAGUCUGUCUUGAAGAAGCAGAAGAGAGAAGAGGAGUGGGCAUUGGUUAAGAAGCAGGAGGUUGCUGCUACUAAGAAAAAGAAUGCCGAGAACCGCAGGAUCAUUUUCAACAGAGCUAAGAAUUACGCAAAGGAGUACGAGGAGCAAGAAAAGCAACUUGUACAAUUGAAGCGUGAGGCAAGGUUGAAGGGUGGAUUUUAUGUUGACCCUGAGGCUAAGCUCUUGUUUAUCAUUCGCAUCCGGGGUAUCAAUGCCAUGCACCCCAAGACCAGGAGUAUCUUGCAGCUUCUGCGUUUGAGACAGAUCUUCAAUGGUGUCUUCCUCAAAGUAAACAAGGCAACAGUGAAUAUGCUUCACAGGGUUGAACCUUAUGUGACCUUUGGGUAUCCAAACUUGAAGAGUGUGAGAGAAUUGAUCUACAAGAGAGGCUUUGGGAAGUUGAACCAGCAGAGAAUUCCUUUGACCGACAACUCAAUCAUCGAGCAGGGUCUGGGCAAGCACGGAAUUAUCUGUGUGGAAGAUCUCAUUCAUGAGAUCCUGACUGUUGGACCUCAUUUUAAGGAGGCAAAUAACUUCUUGUGGCCAUUCCAACUCAAGGCUCCAUUGGGUGGUCUGAAAAAGAAGAGAAAUCACUAUGUUGAAGGAGGAGACGCUGGAAACCGUGAGAACUACAUUAACGAGCUUAUCCGGAGAAUGAAUUAG